GAUGCGGCGGAGCCCCCGCCCGAGCUCGGCCGCGUCCUCUCACCAGCACACGCCCAACUUCUACAGCGACAACAGCAACAGUUCGCAGAGCCUGACGACGGCGGACAGCCAUGGGCUCGGGUCCGCCGGGGCGGAGCCCGGGGAGCCCGAGGGCAGAAGGGCCCGGGGCUCGAACUGCGGUGAGCCCGCCUUAAGGCCCGGCGUGCCCGGAGGAGACUCUCUGCAGAAGCCCGCGCCUCGGAGCCACACUGGCCACACCGCCUGUGGCGCCGCAACCGUGAGGGGCGGGGCCUCGGAACCGGCUGGGUCUCCCGUAGUCUCGGAGGAGCAGCAGCAGCAGCUUGACCUUCUCUCCGCCCUGGAUCUGAGGCGGGAGAUGCCUCCCCCGCGGGCGCCCAAGAACUUCCUAAGCCUCCUCUUCCAGGUGCUGAGCGCGCUGAUGUCGCUGGUAGGAGCCGUGCUGGGCAGUGUGUACAGGGAGGUCUGCUCCAUCCGCUUCCUGUUCACUGCUGUAUCGCUGCUGAGCGUCUUUGCAGCAGCACUCUGGUGGGGGCUGCUGUACCUGGCCCCUCCUCUGGAGAAUGAGCCUCGGGAGAUGCUGACUAUAAGUGAGUACCACCAACGAGUGAACUCCCAGGGGCAGCAGCUGCAGCAGCUCCAGGCUGAGCUGGUUAAGCUCCACAAGGAGGUGUCCAGCGUUCGCGCAGCCCACAGCGAGAGAGUGGCCAAGCUUGUGUUCCAGAGGCUGAAUGAAGACUUUGUUCGGAAACCUGACUAUGCGCUGAGCUCAGUGGGAGCCUCCAUCGACCUAGAGAAGACAUCCCUGGACUACGAGGACACUAACACCGUCUAUUUCUGGAACCGCCUGAGCUUCUGGAACUAUGCGCGUCCUCCCUCUGUCAUCCUGGAGCCAGAUGUGUUCCCUGGAAACUGCUGGGCUUUUGAAGGUGACCAAGGCCAGGUGGUGAUCCGGCUGCCAGGUCGUGUGCAGCUGAGCGACAUCACCCUGCAGCAUCCUCCACCCAGUGUGGCACACACUGGGGGAGCCAGCAGCGCCCCCCGUGACUUCGCAGUCUUUGGUCUACUGGUUGAUGACGAGACUGAAGUUUUCUUGGGGAAAUUCACCUUUGACGUGCACAAAUCUGAAAUUCAGACUUUUCAAUUGCAGAAUGACCCUCCAUCUGCAUUCCCUAAGAUGAAGAUCCAGAUUCUAAGCAACUGGGGCCACCCACGGUUCACAUGUUUGUAUCGUGUCCGUGCCCAUGGUGUGCGGACCUCAGAGUGGGCAGGGGAUGGUGCUACAGGGGCCACUGGGUCCCAUUAAACAUGCUGAUGGUAGGAGUAGAA